AUGAGUCAUCCAAUGCGUAUCCAUAUGGUCAAACAAGCCCAAUCGCCGCACGCUCGUGUGUACAAAUGGCCCCAGCAAAUUCAAGUCCUUGCCCGUCCAAUACCCGAGCAGGAUAUGAAAGGAGCCCAAAUUCUGGCCAUGCUUGAUCAAGGCUUGAGACUCUCUCGACCUAGCCGAUGUCCAGAAUCCAUUUAUAGCCUGAUGCAACAGUGUUGGAAUUUCGAGGGAGUACGUCGACCGACAUUUGCUGAAUUGGUUCUCGCACUGUCCCGGAUACUUCGAGUCAUGCCCCAACCAAACCCAUCGCCGUCCUCAGUAUCUGCCUCAUCUUGUGAGACGGAUACUUCGACAACUCUACCACCAGCCUCAAAUUCCGAAUCCAUGGAUCCUAUCAUGUACAGUCAGGGAAAACGGAAUCAUUGCAGUGGAUCCGGUGGAAGUGGUGUGAACAGUGGCGCCAGUGAUGGUCCGCCAUUCUGA